AUUAUUGCGCGGGGAAAAUAGGUCCGGCUUAAUCGAUUUUUACCUAUGGGCGAUCGAUAUCGGGACGUCUUGUUCAAGGUGUGCCGGGUAUGUGUACAGAACUUAUUUAGCAAAAACUGACAGCUUCGUUUUUUAAAACCUAGUCAAUACUUAGCUGUUUUAUUGAGUUUUAAUCUCUCUAAGGAAGUCCUUCGAAUUUCAAUAUCCUGCUGCGACGGAAGACAAUGUUUUUGGCGCGAAGAUCCACAUCGAGUUAAUUAGGAUCAGUGUUUCCAUUGUUAAAAUCUCUGUCUUAAAUUUUGACAUUAAUUGAAACCGUGGUUUUGAAUUUUAAACCACACAUUUGAACACGAGAUGAAGAGAUAAGGAACAAGGCCGGGCUGCAAUAUCUAACAAGGAUCUUGAAAACUUAACAGCGACAUUCCACAAUACCUGCACUUUAAUCAGAGGACUUCGGGACACCUGAGGCCGGAUUAGCCUGUAAUUAAUUAUUUAAGUGAUCUACCAGUGACGCGAAGUGCCCUCUUCGACCAAAUAGCCGCAGUGAUUAUAAAUUAGACAUGAUACUACAACCGCCGUUGGUUGAUGUUGAUUAAAAAAGUCAGAGAGUGAAAAUGGAUGCAACAUCUGAGGAUGUCGUGGAGCCGAUGACAAAUGGUGUUCAUCAUUCCGAGGACUCCAAUACAGAACCCCAAGAAAAAAAGGACUGUGACCCAAUUUCAGAGUGUUACAUCUGCAAAAAAGUCUACAACAUACCAAAAACGCUACCAUGCUUCCACGCUUUCUGUUGUUCGUGUUUAGAGGACAAUAUUUCCAAAUCGUUAAACCAGAAUGGACAAAAGUAUUUUGCAUGUCCAAUGUGCGAAGAGAAAUGCGAAAUUCCUCAAGGUGCACUACCUGGACAGUAUGCACACGCAUUUCAGGACGAUUUAUUUCUGGCCAAACUGGUGGAAUUACAAAGUGCAAUGUGUGAAGGCAAGCUAUGUGACAUUUGUGAAAGAAUAGAAGAAAAUAAACCAGCAUCCCAUUGGUGUAUGGAUUGCAACGAUGCACUAUGCGAAACAUGUCUCAAGGUCCACCUCCACGGGAAAACAACGGCUGGACAUUCCUGUCUAUCCAUCGAGGAAAUGAGAAGAAUUCCCCUAGAAACGCUGAUGAAGCAGAAGAACAAAGUGCCGUGUAUGAAGCACAAUGAACUUAUAACACUAUUUUGCGUUGACUGUCGUGAACCUCUUUGUGUUCAAUGCAUGGCCGUAUCUCAUCGCCGAUGUGAAAAUGUGAUCACCGUUUCGGACGCUUUAACGUCAAGAACAGACGUUAACGACGUCAUUUCGAGGCUGAACAAACUGCAAGCGACGGUUGAAAAUGCUGGAGGAAUCGGACAACCUGACAGAACGUUAGAAAACAGCAUUCAUGAGGCACAGGAGAGAAUUAAUACCAUCUGCAAUACUAUUUGCGACCGAGUUCGACAGUACCAAUCCGUCCUGCUGAAAAGUCUUGAAUCGCAGUCUGAAAAAGCAAAAGGUCUCCUUCAGGAUCGAAUACAACCAAGAAAAACGGGUCUGAAAUCGAUUAAAGCUGCCAAUGAUAGAAUGCAGACUCUUUUACGUUACGGAAGUGACGUUGAAAUCCUUCUUGCCUACAACCAAGUCCGAAAAAAAUUAGAUUCAUGCCAAGGUGCUAUAGGCAACACCGAACAGAAAGCUCCCUCCGUUCGGCUUGAUUUCAUCUUGGACGACACGGUCGAGCGAUUCAUUGAAAACUUCGACAGACUCGGGGACCUAACGGUGGACGUAGGGGACUCAGACGAGGGGAUCAGCUCUUGGGGAGUAACCUGUACGUCGUCAGACGACAUUAUUGUUACCGACUGCAAGAACAAACGCAUUCAGAAGUUUAGCAAGUUUGGAGACUUGGUUGACUAUGUACAACUUGAAGACGAGCCACGAGAUAUAACAACAUGCGGGAACCGAGAUGAUGUAGCCAUUACAAUGAUUGGCAAGCUUGUCAUCUUUCUUGCAACACGAAAAACUAUGCAGCUCAUUAAACGCGCUAAGACGGAACGGCAGUAUGAUGGGAUAUCGUACUCCGAAAAGGACGCCUACCUGAUAGUAUCCUCGCUCCGUGACCAGGUCGUGGACAUCAUCCACCUAGACGGUAGCGUCAUGCGAUCGUUCGGCAGUGGUGCUGGCGACAGAGUGCUCUUCAACGAGCCGCGGUUCAUCUCGGCCACACCCGAUCGUACCAUCAUCAUCUCAGACGUCGGCCAAAACGCCAUUAUAUGCAUCGAUCAUAAUGGCAAAGUUGUCUUCAGAUACAAACCUGAUGGCCAAAACGGACUCAAAAAGCCCCAAGGGGUUUGUGUGGAUAAGUUAGGGAAUCUGUUUGUAGCAGACUUCGGCAACAACCGAGUCCAGUUGCUUGCCAGUGAUGGUCUGUUUCAAAGAAACGUACUCGGAAUAGAAAGCGCAUUGGAAAAACCAGUGGCUAUCCGAGUGAGUGGAAGCAAUAGAAUGAUAAUUGUUCAGAGCGACGGAAUGGUCAAGGUGUUUAGUUAUUCGUAAACAACUCAUAACAGUCGCAAAAAUGCCAGUGUAUGGAAUUGGUCGAAGCUUUACGCCUAAAAUGCUACGUGUCGAUGAUAUUACGCAAAACAAGAAAUUGAGAGCUAUUAAAAGAAUAACAGUAAAAUGUUAACAAAGCAGAUUGAACUGCUUUGUUCCAUGUAGGAAUCUUGUUAGAAAAAUGAUUUUUAAUGAGCUUGCCUAGGAAUCUCUUGGAACUACCUCCUGCCAGCUCAGAAAGAAUACCAUGUAACUUUAUGAAUUCAUAUCAGCAAAUCUUAUCAUAUACUUAAACGUUUCCUUUGGUGUAUUAGCCACAUUUUAUCCCCCCAAUAUUUAAUGUAAUCUCCUUCAAGUAAUCUUUGACAAGCUUUCAAAUUCGGUAAAAAUGAUUAUUUCAUGCUGGUGUCACUUAUUAAAUAUUCUAGACAUAAUCUUGCCAUAACUCCAGAGUAUUAACUCAACUCCAAUGUGGUGUUCCGCUUCACUAUCCAAAGGACCUUUUCACAGGCUUACUCAUUCAAUUCCGAUUUCUUUAGUUCUUUCAUUGUAUAAAACCUUUUCGUGACUUCUCCUCUGAUUUUGCAUUUCAAUAUCAUAUGUUUGAUCUACUAUGGGUUAAACACCUACGCUACGCAAAAAAAAAAAAAUGGACAGAAAAGCAUGGAGUAAAUAUGUAAAAAAAAAAAAAAAAAAAA